GCGCUGUUUUUCCCCCGCUGGUUGUGCGGCGGUGCUGUGUUCGUGCUCAGGCGGCUCUGGUGAAGAUGUUGGUUGUAAGGGAGCACCGCGAGACCGGCUAAACUUCAACGGUCUAAAGCCGAACAGAACCGGUCCGAACCGGCUCUGCAGCACCAGUUCGGCGACAGCGUGACAAAUUAAGAGGACAGUCUCUGCUAUCCGGAGGGAGUCUCUCCAGCCCGGCUGUGUGAGCGAGGGUCAGCGCCGCUCCGCGGUUAGCUCCCCCUGCGGUGCCCCGCUGCUCCGCUGUAUGUGCCGGUGGCUGGCUGCCGGUUGACGCGGGCUGUCAGAUAGCGGAGCGGGGAUGCUAUCCGUACUCUCCUACGGACGGAUCGUGGCCAGGGCCGUCUUGGGCGGACUCUCUCAGACAGAUGGCCGCGAUUACAGUCUGGUCACGGCCAGCUGCGGCUUCGGCAAAGACUUUCGGAAGGGCAUCCUGAAGAAAGGCAUGUGCUACGGGGAUGACGCCUGUUUCAUCGCCCGCCACCGGUCAGCGGAUGUGUUGGGUGUGGCAGACGGUGUGGGUGGAUGGAGGGAUUACGGUGUGGAUCCGUCUCAGUUCUCGGCUACUCUGAUGCGGACAUGCGAACGUCUGGUGAAAGAGGGCCGCUUCACCCCCACCAGCCCCGUGGGCAUCCUCACCUCGGCCUACUACGAGCUUCUACAGAACAAAGUGCCACUGCUGGGAAGCAGUACGGCCUGUAUUGUGGUGCUGGACCGGAGAAGUCAUCGGAUACACACAUGUAACCUUGGCGACUCUGGUUUCUUGGUGGUCCGGGGUGGAGAGGUGGUCCACCGGUCAGAUGAACAGCAGCACUACUUUAACACACCGUUCCAGCUGUCAAUUGCUCCACCUGGGGCUGAGGGAGUGGUGCUGAGUGACAGCCCUGAUGUGGCAGACAGGUCCUCAUUUGAUGUCCAGCUUGGCGACAUCAUUCUCACCGCCACAGACGGCCUCUUUGACAACAUGCCAGACUACAUGAUCCUGCAGGAGCUCAAGAAACUCAAGAACACCAACUAUGACAGCAUCCAGCAGACGGCCCGCAGCAUUGCGGAGCAGGCGCACGAGCUGGCCUAUGACCCAAACUACAUGUCUCCUUUCGCCCAGUUCGCCUGCGACAAUGGCCUGAACGUGAGAGGGGGAAAGCCUGAUGACAUCACAGUGCUGCUGUCCAUAGUGGCAGAAUACACAGACUGAGCACUCACUGGAGGUUGUCGUCUCUCAUCCUCGUGUCUUCCACGUCUGCCCCCUCAUCAGUCAUUCUCUCGUGGCACUCUUCUUCCUGUCAUUUGGAACGGUCUCUCCUCCCCUCCCUCUUCCUUUUUACCUUUUUCCUGAGUAGCUCUCCAAGCAGCCAGAGGAAGAGAACAGCAUGGACUGGUCAGCGUGGGCGUACGAAGGAUUCUAUAGGAGGCUAUUUGUGGUCAUUUUACGACCUCACUUGCGCCCAAGAGAAUUAUGGGAGCAUGAGUCAUCCAGUCAUCCUACGUCUCUUUUAUAUGUGAUUAAGUUGUAGGUUUGGGAGCGUUCCUGCUUCGGAGCAGCGCGGGCCAUGCAUUAUCUAAAGGUGCUUCUAAAUGAGGUUGCUAUUUUUAUGGGAAAUUGUAGAAGGGUGUAUUUUUACUUUGUGCCCCUUUGUAGCUGGGAGAAAUGUAAAGUGAAAUUUGUUAGCCCUAUUCGUGUGUUUGUGUGAGCAAGUGUGGUCGAGUUAGCUAGUAUUGUCACCAUAUUAUGGGGCUGCGUGAUAUGGACAGCAUACUAGUAUUGCAGUUGUGUUGCUUCAUAUUCCAGUUGUGAUACAUCUUGCAAUAUAUUGAAAACACCAAUAGUGUGACAUUUGUUAAAGAUUGGCCUGCGUUAGUUUGAUUUUAAAAAAAUUAUAUGAAUGCUUAGAUUCAUCAGAACAUUCACAAAAACUCAUCUGGAGCUGUGAUUUGUCAGGAUGCACACUGGUUAAAGGGCUCAUUUGCAAAUUGAUGCCUUCUAUGAUAUCAAUAUAGUAAAGGUUACUAUUACAACAAUGGUGAACCUUUGUUUUUAGGAGUACUGUAUUGGCUAUAGCAAUCUGUCCUAUAUGUGUCAGCUGUGGCAGUCCAGCAUUCUGCCGGCUUAGCAGUGGUUUAGUUUGUAAGCCAAUGGCAGGUUAAUGUGCAGGUUAGGUUGUUUAGUGUUACUGGGUUUGGCAAGUGCUUUUGGAGUUAGCCUACUGCCCUUAUCGUAUUUUGGCUUAACCCUUAGAAGUCAGAUAUUGCCUGAGGUAAGAAAAGCACGUUGUGGGGAAUUCCAUCUUUCUAUGUAAAUUGUUUGUUGAGAUUAUACCAGUCAGAACUAUGUGAAAUAUCUCAUUGUAAAGAAGCUUGAAUGGUUUUCCAAAAAAUAAAAAAAGGUUUUAGGGCCAAAACUUUACCAUAGAAUGGUGCGUCAGACAUCAGGCAGUAUAUUCAUAAUCAUUUCAUGUAUACUUUGUGAGGGAGCUUUAUGAUGUCUGGUUUCUGUCACCACUAUUGAACAAUUCUGACUCUGCACGUUUCUCUAGAACAGAGCAUUUCAUGUCAAACCUCUGAAUAACUUUUUACAUCUUUUAUAAUUUUGCAGAAAUUUUGAAAAUUGGUGGAAUUCCCCUUUUAACUGCUCUUUUGAGAAAGUGGAGAAGCUGUGAAAUGCAGAUUCUAAGCUUGCAAUUGAAACAAAGUUUCUUUCGUAAAUAGAGAUUUGAAUUUGAUGGAAUGUUUUUUCAUUUUGCAGGUAAAUUGUUCUCUACUUAUUUUGCCAUGGUCAGACUCAAACCUGUUGAUGCAGCAUGUGAACUAAAUGGAAAUGUAAUUAAUUACAUAACUAAUUAUGAAAUUGCAGUAUGCAAAUUUUACACAUCGCAAAUCGACAGUUACACUCUCCUUCUAAGGGUUAAGUGGCCUGUUGUCUCCAUGGUAACACUCAAAGGAGGAUACAGCUAGUGGGGCGCUGUGUUGAAGGCCAGGCUAAGGUGAAAAAACAAGUUUUGUUAUUUGAGAUGUCUGGUGUAGCUGUGAGAAAGAAGCAGACUAUAAGCUGACACUGCAGAGACUUCACAGCAGGCAGAGUGGCCCUUGUGAGAGAGACACAUGGAGGAUUAGGGAUGAGCUUUCGAGUGAAAAAGCAGCCAUAACGGUUAGAACUGUGUACUUAACUUUGGUGUCUGGUUGCAGGAGUUGGGGGCUAAUAUGUGUUGGGUUACAUUUUGGAGAAAUAGCGGUUGAUAACUGUACGAGAUUAAGGGUUUUAUUUGAGUUUCAUGUAAUUCAAAUAGGCUGGGACUAGAAUGUUAAAGGAGUACUCCAGUGUUUUUCAACCCAAUCUCUGUUUGCUGCAUCUGUAGCAUAGAGUCCAUUACCACAGACAAUAACCUCAAUGUGUUUUCCUGUGUUUAGAACAGACACCAUACCGACUCAGAUCACACUUAUAAUAGAAGCCAGUGGGCUGAUGCUUCUACAUUUAAGUGUAUUUUGUUUAAGUGUAUUUUCAGUUCCUUCAGUACGUACAGACAGACAUGUAUGUGGUAAUUGACCUCAUGCUAUGCAUGCAGAUAGAGAUUAGGUUGAAAGUUGAUUCCUUCAAUAAAAUAAAACGUAUGUUUAUCUGCUGAUGGACUGUAGUGACCGUCCCCAAGAGUCGUGUUGAAUGUCUCAUCUACAUUUGUAUAACUUCUGCUCCCCCACCAAUUGAGCCAAGAAGUCGGCUGUAUGCGCACAAAUACAUCCGGAGAAGCUUUUAAAUGAAAUCGCUAGGUCAGGUAUAAAAAAAAAAAGUUUUAUUUUUAUAAACUCAUAGUUUUUAGCAGACUCAGAAGUGAAAGUAGAGGUAAAUGUGGAGGUAUGUUAGUGUGUGCUCUUGAUCUUUAUGGCGAAAUUGUAAAAAAAAAAAAAAAAAAGUCUAGUUUUUUGGGGUUUUCUUGUUUUAUUUUUUUUCCUAAUCUUUGCAGUUUGUGUAAAACUUUUUUUUAAAUUUUAUUUUAAACUUCUACCUAGAUUUGUUCUAGAGAACAUUUCUCACAUGCUGCUUUUAUUUUGUAAAUUGUGUGCGCGCAUGUGAGUACAUUUAUUUAUAUGAAUGUACUUUAUCUGUACAAUAAGUUGCGUGGGGGUGGAUGGGGGGUUGGAUGUCUUUGUCCAAAAAGCAGAAGAAGAACAAACACAUUCUGAUCUCUCCUGCUCUUAAACCAGAACAGGACAAAAAAAACUGUUGAACCAAAGACAUGAGCCCCCCAGUAAGUUUUGUAAUUAUUAUUGUUUUUAUGGUCUUAUUUUGUUCAUUUUGGGUCUGAUUGAAGAAAAUAUUAAGCAAUAUGCGAUACAGUAAUGUACGACCCUUCUGUCUGAAUGAUUGUUCUAUUCAUUUUCAACUGUAUCACGGAUUUCUGAAUGUGAAUGUCCUCUGAGGUUUUAAAGUAGACUGCUGAUGUGUAUGCUGUAAAGUGGAUGUUUCAGUGAUUUAAUGCUUGCUUGUGAACACCUGGGAUAUUCAAAACACUGUUAAAGGCACACACUGAGGUUUUUAAUCACUGUUGUGGGACUGACUGAAUUUUCUCAUUUCAGAGUAGCUUGAACCAACAAGUCUCCUGAGUAAAGACCCAUUGUUUAUAAACAAUGGAGAAAUGAAUUGUUAUGGUGCAGGAAAGUUACCCAGGCAUAAAAAAAGUACUAAGAAUAAUGUGUACCUUAAUAAUUUGUGUACCAUAUUUUGCGCAGAUCUAAGCACCUGAGACUUUUAAAUGUACAUGAUUCAAACAUGUCAGUCAGUUUGUACUUGAAUAAAAUCUAUUACAUCAACACAAUUCUUGCCACAGGAAGUAAAGUUGUAUUGAUGCGCAUGACUGCGUUUGUGUACAACCACUUGGCACAUUUGAAUCAUGCAAGUUCAGAUUUUUUUCAGUAUCGUCUGUUUCCUGGACAGACUCUUUGGCUGAGUUUUGAAAUGACACCUCAGUGGUAAUUACCAACUAAAAAGGCCCUGUAGUCUUUUUUUUUGUCUUUGAAAAUCCCAGCGUGUGGCUAUAAACAUAUGCACUAUGCUUGAGAUGGAAACCUGGGUUUGGAUGGAAGGUGUACAAAAUUGUGCCUCGAACAAAUAUAGACCAAGGACAUUUUUACAAAGCUGGGUUUCUUGUCUAGCCAGAUAAGCCAGUCCAGUAGGAUAAAAGUUGAGGCCCGUUGCUGUUACAGUCCUCACUUUGGGUUUAAUUUUCCCAGAAAUCUUGCUUUGUGUAAUAUUUCUGAGUAUUUCAGUGUGAAGAUAGUAUUUCACAAAGCAAAAUUUCUCAGUUAACCAGAUAACAUAAGCCCAACAGUGGUCAUGAUAGGAACCAAGGGGCACCAUGAAUACAACACCAAUAUAACCAUUACUCUUAGAACCACCAGUGAACCUACAUUUGUUUUCUGGGUUUUUAUAUGGAAUGUUGAUUAUGGGAAAAUAGUCCUAAAUUUUAAAAUCAUAAAUUCUUUGGGGGCUAUUUUGCCUCGCAAAAGCCUGCAUGUAUCUAUCCACAUUGAAGUGCUUUUAAAAAGAUAGGUGUAUAUAGUCUCAUGCAUCAGGUAGUGUAUUCAUAAGGAUGGUAAAAUAGUGGUAGAUCUGAUAAAAAUAAAUUUUCUUAAGGGACUGUUUUGUCUUCUAACGCCUUGCGUUACUAGUACUAGUACUUCUCCACCAUGAAUGUAUUUUUAAAAGUAUGUUUUAGGCCAAAAUCGUAAAACAGUGUCUAACCAUGUAGUGUAGUUUUCUGUGAGGGAGCUUUAAGAGGCUGUAAACGCUUCAGACGUCUGGUUCCUAUCACCACCACUGUAAACAGUUGUGACCCUGCAGAAUGAAGAUGUUCAUAUCAGCUCUGAAUGAUUUAAUCUUUUAUUUAAGCAGAAAAUGAGGAGAAAUUAGAGAAGAGUUCCACUUUAGCUGUAGCAUAAGCUAAAGCAACCGCCCAUUGUCUUCUAUUACAAGUGAGUUUCGACUACAAGGUGCUCCAGCAAAUGUAUUGCUUGUGGUAAUGAACUGUACAGAUGCAGCAGAUAGAGAUCCAGCUUUGGAAUGUCCGUCAGAAUGAUCCUAGAUCAGCUGACGCUGUGGUCUCUCAUCCAUACCUGUUUAAUCCAUAUUUCUCAAUGAUCAUGGUUGCACCAGAGCUGGUUUAUGAGGAGUCUAGCCACUUCUUGUUUCCCCUGUUAUAUCAAAAACAGGACUGCAAAACAGCCGAGGGCACCUGUGAGUGAGUCCUCAGUGAAUAGAGGUGAAUGGAGCUCAACAGCUUAAAAAAAAAAAAAAGUUAACAUCGUUUUUAAUCACCCAGAACUUUCCUUUAAU